AUGAACAAGGAUGGCACCAAAAUGUACGACACGUCUGAGACAAUCCACAUCUCAGCAUUGGCCUUGCUUAAAAUGAUGAAGCACGGUAGAGCAGGAAUUCCAUUGGAGGUGAUGGGCCUAAUGUUAGGAGAAUUCACUGACGAAUACAACGUGAAGGUGGUGGAUGUGUUUGCAAUGCCACAAUCUGGAACAGGCGUAACAGUCGAAGCAGUUGAUCCCGUAUUCCAGGCCAAAAUGCUGGAUAUUCUCAAGGCAACUGGAAGGACUGAAACUGUUGUAGGCUGGUACCACAGCCACCCUGGAUUUGGAUGCUGGCUCAGUUCCACAGACGUAUCAACACAGGCAGCAUUCGAAUACAUCUGCAAAAGAGCAGUAGCUGUUGUUGUAGAUCCAAUUCAAAGCGUAAAGGGAAAAGUGGUCAUUGAUGCAUUCAGGAACAUCGAACAACUCUCAUUGGAUGAGCCAAGAAUUGUGACUAGCAACAUUGGAUUCCUUAAGAAGCCAUCAUUUGUCUCAAUUGUACACGGGUUGAAUCAGAAAUACUACUCUUUCAAUAUCUCAUUUGAAAAGGACUCUUUGGAGCAGAGGAUGCUACUGAAUCUGAACAAGAAGACGUGGGCUGACAACCUGAAGCCUAAGGAAGCAGUCAAAUUCGAUGUCUCUGAUUUACUAGACAAGUAUUGCAAGAAUGAGUUGGUUGAAUCAAAAAUGACGAAAGAAGAACUUGAGAUGCAUAAAAUUGGUAAAACAAAUUACAGGAGAAGAAUUGUUGAGAAAUACCAGGAGUGCAUGGAAGAGAAUACGAUAAACAACUUACUCAAGGCAUUGCACAGAUUCAUGUUUCUAAGCAAAUAA